AUGGGCGUGCGCAACUGCCUCGACGGCAAUCAUAUGUCAGGACAACGCGAUAUCCCCCCUGAAAUCGGGGAACAGCCCGAGCAACCACCUUUGGAGGCCCCAGGGGCAGCUGCCCCCGGUGCUGGGCCUAGCCCAGCCGAAGAGAUGGAGACCGAACCGCCUCACAACGAGCCCAUCCCCAUCGAGAAUGACGGCGAGGUCUGUGGACCCCCAGAGGUCUCCAGACCCAACUUUCAGGUCCUCAACCCGGCAUUCAGGGAAGCUGGAGCCCAUGGAAGCUACAGCCCACCUCCUGAGGAAGCAAUGCCCUUCGAGGUUGAACAGACCAGCUUGGGAAGCUUCUGGCCUACACUGGAGCAGCCUGGAUUCCCCAGUGGGGCCCAUGCAGGCCUUGAGGCCUUCGGCCCAGCACUCAUGGAGCCCGGAGCCUUCAGUGGUGCCAGACCAGGCCUGGGAGGAUACAGCCCUCCACCAGAAGAAGCUAUGCCCUUUGAGUUUGACCAGCCUGCCCAGAGAAGCUGCAGUCAACUUCUCUCACAGGUCCCAGACCUUGCUCCAGGAGGCCCAGGUGCUGCAGGGGUCCCCGGAGCUCCUCCCGAGGAGCCCCAAGCCUUCGGGCCUGCAAAGGCUGACUCCAGAGGAGGCUACAGCCCUCCCCCUGAGGAGACUAUGCCAUUUGAGCUUGAUGGAGAAGGAUUUGGAGACGACAGCCCACCCCCGGGGCUUUCCGGAGUUAUCGCACAAGUCGACGGCAGCGGCCAGUUCGCGGCAGUCGCGGCCUCGAGUGCGGUCCGCCUCACUCCCGCCGCGAACGCGCCUCCCCUCUGGGUCCCAGGCGCCAUCGGCAGCCCAUCCCGAGAGGCUGUCAGACCUCCUUCUAACUUCACGGGCAGCAGCCCCUGGAUGGAGAUCUCCGGACCCCCGCUCGAGAUUGGCAGCGCCCCCGCUGGGGUCGACGACACUCCCGUCAACAUGGACAGCCCCCCAAUCGCGCUUGACGGCCCGCCCAUCAAGGUCUCCGGAGCCCCAGAUAAGAGAGAGCGAGCAGAGAGACCCCCAGUUGAGGAAGAAGCAGCAGAGAUGGAAGAAGCCGCUGAUGCCGCGGAGGGAGGAAAAGUCCCCUCUCCGGGGUACGGAUCCCCUGCCGCCGGGGCAGCCUCAGCGGAUGCCGCCGCUGGGGCAGCCUCAGCGGAUACCGCUGCCAGGGCAGCCCCUGCAGCCCCAGCCGAUCCUGACUCCGGGGCAGCCCCAGAAGAUCCCGACUCCGGGACAGCACCAGCCGAUCCUGACUCCGGGGCAGCCCCAGCCGAUCCCGACUCCGGGGCAGCCCCUGCCGCCCCAGCCGAUCCCGACUCCGGGGCGGCCCCUGACGCCCCAGCCGAUCCCGACUCCGGGGCGGCCCCUGACGCCCCAGCCGAUCCCGACUCCGGGGCGGCCCCUGACGCCCCAGCCGAUCCCGACUCCGGGGCGGCCCCUGACGCCCCAGCCGAUCCCGACUCCGGGGCGGCCCCUGACGCCCCAGCCGAUGCCGACUCCGGGGCGGCCCCUGACGCCCCAGCCGAUCCCGACUCCGGGGCGGCCCCUGAGGCUCCCGCCGCCCCUGCGGCUGCUGAGACCCGGGCAGCCCCUGUCGCCCCAGCUGCGCCAGACGCAGGGGCUCCCACUGCCCCAGCCGCUUCUGCCACCCGGGCAGCCCAAGUCCGCCGGGCGGCCUCCGCAGCCCCUGCCUCCGGGGCCAGACGCAAGAUCCAUCUCAGACCCCCCAGCCCCGAGAUCCAGGCUGCCGAUCCGCCUACUCCGCGGCCUACUCGCGCGUCUGCCUGGCGGGGCAAGUCCGAGAGCAGCCGCGGCCGCCGCGGGUACUACGAUGAAGGGGCGGCCAGCAGCGACGAUGACUCCAGCGGAGACGAGUCCGACGAUGGGACCUCCGGAUGCUUCCGCUGGUUUCAGCAUCGGCGAAAUCGCCGCCGCCGAAAGCCCCAGCGCAACUUACUCCGCAACUUCCUCGUGCAAGCCUUCGGGGGCUGCUUCGGUCGAUCUGAGAGUCCCCAGCCCAAAGCCUCGCGCUUUUUCAAGGUCAAGAAGGUACCCCUGGCGGAGAAGCGCAGACAGAUGCGCAAAGAAGCCCUGGAGAAGCGGGCCCAGAAGCGCGCAGAGAAGAAACGCAGUAAGCUCAUCGACAAACAACUCCAGGACGAAAAGAUGGGCUACAUGUGUACGCACCGCCUGCUGCUUCUAGGUGCUGGAGAAUCUGGUAAAAGCACCAUUGUGAAGCAGAUGAGGAUCCUGCAUGUUAAUGGGUUUAAUGGAGAGGGCGGCGAAGAGGACCCGCAGGCUGCAAGGAGCAACAGCGAUGGUGAGAAGGCAACCAAAGUGCAGGACAUCAAAAACAACCUGAAAGAGGCGAUUGAAACCAUUGUGGCCGCCAUGAGCAACCUGGUGCCCCCCGUGGAGCUGGCCAACCCCGAGAACCAGUUCAGAGUGGACUACAUUCUGAGUGUGAUGAACGUGCCUGACUUUGACUUCCCUCCCGAAUUCUAUGAGCACGCCAAGGCUCUGUGGGAGGAUGAAGGAGUGCGUGCCUGCUACGAACGCUCCAACGAGUACCAGCUGAUUGACUGUGCCCAGUACUUCCUGGACAAGAUCGAUGUGAUCAAGCAGGCUGACUAUGUGCCGAGCGAUCAGGACCUGCUUCGCUGCCGCGUCCUGACUUCUGGAAUCUUUGAGACCAAGUUCCAGGUGGACAAAGUCAACUUCCACAUGUUUGACGUGGGUGGCCAGCGCGACGAACGCCGCAAGUGGAUCCAGUGCUUCAACGAUGUGACUGCCAUCAUCUUCGUGGUGGCCAGCAGCAGCUACAACAUGGUCAUCCGGGAGGACAACCAGACCAACCGCCUGCAGGAGGCUCUGAACCUCUUCAAGAGCAUCUGGAACAACAGAUGGCUGCGCACCAUCUCUGUGAUUCUGUUCCUCAACAAGCAAGAUCUGCUCGCUGAGAAAGUCCUUGCUGGGAAAUCGAAGAUUGAGGACUACUUUCCAGAAUUUGCUCGCUACACUACUCCUGAGGAUGCUACUCCCGAGCCCGGAGAGGACCCACGCGUGACCCGGGCCAAGUACUUCAUUCGAGAUGAGUUUCUGAGGAUCAGCACUGCCAGUGGAGAUGGGCGUCACUACUGCUACCCUCAUUUCACCUGCGCUGUGGACACUGAGAACAUCCGCCGUGUGUUCAACGACUGCCGUGACAUCAUUCAGCGCAUGCACCUUCGUCAGUACGAGCUGCUCUAAGAAGGGAACCCCCAAAUUUAAUUAAAGCCUUAAGCACAAUUAAUUAAAAGUGAAACGUAAUUGUACAAGCAGUUAAUCACCCACCAUAGGGCAUGAUUAACAAAGCAACCUUUCCCUUCCCCCGAGUGAUUUUGCGAAACCCCCUUUUCCCUUCAGCUUGCUUAGAUGUUCCAAAUUUAGAAAGCUUAAGGCGGCCUACAGAAAAAGGAAAAAAGGCCACAAAAGUUCCCUCUCACUUUCAGUAAAAAUAAAUAAAAUAACAGCAGCAAACAAACAGAAAUAAAAUGAAAUAAAAGAAACAAAUGAAAUAAAUAUUGUGUUGUGCAGCAUUAAAAAAAAUCAAAAUAAAAAUUAAAUGUGAGCAAAGAA